AUGAAGAUGGCCCAAAUAGACAAGGGUUGGAUGACAAUAAAAAAUAGAUUAAGUAUUAGGGAGUAUCAAGAAGGGGUGAAUUCAUUUAUUGAAUUUGCGAUGAGAAAUGUAGGCUUGGAGGAUAAGCUUCAGUGUCCAUGUAUUGAUUGCUUGAACGACAAAAAACAUACGAUCCACGUUGUUAGGAUUCAUUUGAUUCGAAGAGGGAUAUCUCUUUUUUACAAGACGUGGAUGCACCAUGGGGAACUUGUUCCCGUGGUUGAACCUCUCAUACGGAAUGAAGUGGAUGAUGAAGGGGAUGAUUUACCUGCUACUUUUGAGAGUGUGGAUGGGCGAAACUUUGAUAAGUUGUUUGAAGAUGCUCAACGUAAACUAUACCCGAAAUGCACAAGGUUCACUGUGUUGUCAUUUAUUAUUAAGAUGCUUCACAUUAAGGUGUACAACAAGUCGAGCAAUAAGUCAUUUGAUAUGGUUAUGAAAGUUUUCAAGGACACUCUACCCGAGUGUGAUGAGACUGUUCCAUGGACCAUAUAUGCUGUGAAAAGAUUCUCACGUGACUUGGGUUUGGGCUACGUUCCCAUUCAUGCUUGUAGGUAUGAUUGUGCACUAUUUUGGAAGGAGCAUGCAAAUCUUGAUAAUUGCCCCAAGUGUGAAGAGCCUAGAUACAAGUUGGACAACGGAAAGGGUAAGAAGAUCCUUCACAAGAUAUUGAGGUACUUUCCAUUAACGCCAAGAUUGAAGAGAUUGUAUAUGUCCAAGAAAACCGCUACAGAUAUGAGAUGGCACAAGGAGAAACGUGUGGAUGAUGGAAUCUUGAGGCAUCCAGCUGAUGCUGAGGCAUGGAAAGACUUUGAUUGGCAACAUCCUAUGUUCCCCAUGGAUCCACGAAAUGUAAGGCUAGGGCUCGCCACCGAUGGUUUCAAUCCAUUCGAAAAUAUGAGCACAUCAUACAAUAUGUGGGCCGUUAUCCUAAUGCCUUACAACCUCCCACCAUGGAAGUGUAUGAAAGAGCCUUUCUCCAUGAUGUCAUUGCUUAUUCCUGGACGAUCGGCUCCUGGAAGAGAUAUCGAUGUUUAUUUACGGCCAUUGAUUGAAGAGUUGAAGGAGUUAUGGGGAGAUGGGGUGCGAACUUAUGAUGCGAAAAACGAAGAGUCAUUUAGAAUGCAUGAUGCACUGAUGUGGACCAUCAACGACUUCCCUACAUAUGGUAACAUGUCCGGGUGGACUACUAAAGGUUAUUUGGCUUGUCCCACUUGUAAUGAGGGCGCAUCAUCACAAAGGUUAACAAGUAAGAUAGGGUACAUGGGUGCUCGUCGUUACUUGCUCGAGAACCACAGAUGGCGAAGGAGCAAGUUGUUUAACGGACAAAGUGAGGUUAGGUGCAAACCGUUAGAGUUAUCAGGGGAGCAAAUAUUAGAGCAAAUUAAGACUGGGACAUACAAGCCAUUUGGAAAACAUCCAAAUAAUAGGAAAAGGCAAAGGGACGAAAAUCCAGUGUUGAGUUAG